CUGGGUGUAGAUAUUUCUUUGUUUGUUCUUUUUACACCGAGGCGAGCUACGCUGUAGUGUAAACGCCGCUUACAAGGAAAAAACAACAACAAGAACAUCUGUUCAACGAAAAAGAUCUGUAUUGCCCUUACGUGCCCGACUACAACACUCUGGAAAGUGAGAAUCAAUUACAAUAUUGAUUAAAAUUAAUUACAAGACAAUCAAUACCAGAUCCCAACGCAGUUUACUUGAAGUUAAACUUAUUGAUACCAAGCGCCAUGAUGAACCCUGUGUUUUCAGUUUGGCUCGUUUUGUUAAGUUUUAGUUUGAAUUUGGUCACACCUUCGCUUGUUUCGGUAAAAAUUGGCGGACUGUUCGCCAAUAAAAGUUUAGAGGCAGAAUUUGCGAGAGCAGUUGUUAUUACUGGGGAGGAAAUAAAUGAUGCUGCUGGUUUUCACACUGAUUCAAUCACUCCUGUGGUUUUUAAUGCCAACUUUAACAACUCAAUCUGGAAGGUUCUGGAAACAUGUGAGGAUAUCUCAGCUUCAAAUAUUCAAGUCAUCAUAACAGACAUUGUUGGUGAACAAUUACAAGUGACAUCACAAUGCCUUGAUUAUUACAACAUACCAGUCAUUUCGUUGCAGAAAGGAAUUAUGGAAAAAAUCGAUGAAAAAGAUUCGAAAGAAAUGAUAUUUUGGUUGGAGUUCAUCCAGUUCAAAGGUUGGAGUGAUGUGACCAUUAUUCACGAUGGUGAUGCAAGUAUCAUGAUGAAUAUGCUCAUGAAUCAUGGAGUGAAUGCGAUCACGAUGGAUGUGGGAGGAGAUUGGAAGGUCGUUGGGGGACGCGGGGUGUUUAUGUUGAUGGUGGAAGAUGGGGAAGUUGUGGAGAGUUUCAUGAAAGAAGCCUUACAUAACAGGAUAGUUAGCCAUGGUAGUGUUUGGCUUGUGUAUGGUGGAAACUAUUACUUGGCUGUGGAAGGGGCUGUUUCAAUGCAGAUGAAAUUUAUCAACUUAGAGAAUCAAGCACAAACAGCCUUGAUGCUUGUUGGUGGUGGUGGGGGGUUUACUACAAGGAAAAGUGAUGCAACAAUGAGGUCUAUGACAUCAUCAAGGGAUAUAGAAUAUAUUGUUUACAAACAACAAGAUUCAACCAAUGUGGAAAUUGGAAGUUACUUUGGAAAUGGAAAGUUUCAUUUCAACGAGGACACCGUGUGGCCAGAUAGUGCCACCGCCCCACCUAGUGGUAGAAAGGCAUCGGAGCUACAGAUUGUAACGAUUGAACAAAGACCUUUUGUUCAUGUUUUAAAUACAAUGGAAGGGGAAUGCCCCUCAACCGAUACUAUGAUGGUGCCCUGCAAAGUCCCCACAAAUAGUAAAUGGGAAACAAAAUGUUGUUAUGGUAUCUGCGUCGAUAUUCUCAUAGAAAUAACAAGGAGUUUAAAUAUAACUUACGAGCUUCAUCUGGUGGAAGACGGAAAGUACGGAUCUUAUAAAUCGGGAGCAUGGAAUGGGUUAAUGGGAGACCUCCUUAGUAGGAAUAGUGACCUUAUAUUAGCACCUCUAUCUAUCACGAAAGAUCGAAUGAAGUUUGUUGACUUUUCCAAACCUUUCCUUUACCAGGUGUGUUGUAUAUUGUAAUUAAAGUGCUUAGUUGAUAUAAUAGAAUAUAUGUAAAUAUGUAAAGUAUUUUUAUAUAAAUAUGAUUUUCGCUGAGGUUCCUUUGCCAGGUGUGUUGGUAUAUAGUAGGG